UCUCCGACUUGCCCUCAGUGGAGAUGGCGGCAGCAACGGCGGCCCGAGCGGUGAUGUUACCGAUAGCGAGGCGGCGGUUAUGGAGUUUCACCCAGAGGCUCCUGGUCCGAGGCGCCGCCGGGAGGUCAUUGCAUUUUGGAGGGACUAGAUUGAGAAGUACACAGGCUGCUACACAAAUUGUUCUGAAUGUUCCUGAAACACGAGUAACAUGUUUGGAAAAUGGACUUAGAGUGGCCUCUGAAGACUCUGGACUCUCAACAUGUACAGUUGGGCUCUGGAUUGAUGCUGGAAGUCGAUAUGAAAAUGAAAAGAAUAAUGGAACAGCUCACUUUCUGGAGCAUAUGGCUUUCAAGGGUACCAAAAAGAGAUCGCAAUUAGACCUGGAACUUGAGAUUGAAAAUAUGGGUGCUCAUCUCAAUGCCUAUACCUCCAGAGAACAGACUGUGUAUUAUGCCAAAGCAUUCUCUAAAGAUUUGCCAAGAGCUGUAGAAAUUCUUGCUGAUAUAAUACAAAAUAGCACAUUGGGAGAAGCAGAGAUUGAACGUGAGCGUGGUGUAAUCCUUAGAGAGAUGCAGGAAGUUGAAACCAAUUUACAAGAAGUUGUGUUUGAUUAUCUUCAUGCUACAGCUUAUCAGAAUACUGCACUUGGACGGACAAUUUUGGGACCAACGGAAAAUAUCAAAUCUAUAAAUCGUAAGGAUUUAGUGGAUUAUAUAACCACACAUUAUAAGGGGCCAAGAAUAGUGCUUGCUGCUGCUGGAGGUGUUUCCCAUGAUGAACUGCUUGAGUUAGCGAAGUUUCAUUUUGGUGACUCUUUAUACGCAAAUAAAGGAGAAGUGCCAGCCCUGCCUCCCUGCAAAUUCACAGGAAGUGAGAUUCGAGUGAGGGAUGACAAGAUGCCUUUGGCACACCUUGCAAUAGCUGUUGAAGCUGUUGGUUGGGCACAUCCAGAUACAAUCUGUCUCAUGGUUGCCAACACACUGAUUGGCAACUGGGAUCGCUCUUUUGGAGGAGGGAUGAACUUAUCUAGCAAGCUGGCCCAGCUCACUUGUCAUGGCAAUCUCUGCCAUAGCUUCCAGUCUUUCAAUACUUCCUACACAGAUACAGGGUUAUGGGGAAUCUAUAUGGUUUGUGAACCAGCCACAAUUGCAGACAUGCUACAUGCUGUUCAGCAAGAAUGGACGAGGCUCUGUACAAAUGUCACUGAGAGUGAAGUUGCACGAGCCAAAAAUCUUCUGAAAACAAACAUGUUGUUGCAGCUUGAUGGUUCCACUCCAAUUUGUGAAGAUAUUGGUAGGCAGAUGUUAUGCUAUAAUAGAAGAAUUCCCAUCCCUGAGCUUGAAGCAAGAAUUGAUGCUGUAAAUGCUAAGACAGUUCGAGAAGUAUGUACCAAAUAUAUUUAUGAUAAAAGCCCAGCUAUUGCUGCAGUUGGUCCCAUUGAGCGGCUACCAGAUUUUAACCAGAUUUGCAGUAACAUGUUCUGGCUUCGUGAUUAAAAAGUGCAUAAUUUAAUUAUUUUAAACAUAUUUAUAAAACUAAGAAUCUUCAUUUUAAACUAUCAAUCCCUAAAGGAAAAUACAAAAAUGAAAGUAUUUGGAAAUUUGAAAGAAGUCCUAUGUCAUACAAGACCACCACCCCGAUGAUCAUUUUAACAAUCUUUGUGCUCUGAAAAAUUAUUUUGGAAGGAGCACUUUGAUACCAUGAAUAUAAUUUUGAAAGUGAAAGUUUGUAUAGUAUUUUCAGUUUUAUUAUAAAAAUGCACACAAUAAAGAUUGUCAUUAUGU